AUGACCCCGAGCGAUGAAGAUGGUGACGAUGACGAUGAUGACAACGGACGAGGACACGCACCCACAUCGCUCCACGAUCUCGCCGCCAAAGCAGGAGCAAAGACGACGGGCCACGAGACCAACGAUGAGAUCCUACGCAUCGUCCAAGCAGCUCAGCUCACGGGAAAGAGCCUCUCAGCGCCAGUACACACCGUGCAAGACAAAUGGGAAUUACUACCAGCCUUUCUCAAAGUAAAAGGCUUGGUCAAGCAGCAUAUUGACUCAUUCAACUACUUCGUCGACGUCGACCUCAAGAACAUCAUCAAGGCCAAUGAAAAGGUCACAUCAGACAUCGACCCGCGCUUCUUCCUCAAGUACACAGACAUUCGCGUCGGUCUUCCAGAGAGAGACGAUACCGAGGCUACCAACAAUACCAUCUACCCUCACGAGUGCAGACUACGAGAUCUCACCUACUCGGCUGGCAUCUUCGUCAACAUCGAGUACGUUCGCGGCCAGAAGCUCGUGCGAAGAAGAAACGUCUGCAUCGGCAAGAUGCCAAUCAUGCUCAGGUCCAACAAGUGUCAUCUCAGCAACCAGAGUCAUGCCGGCCUAGCAAAGAUGAAUGAGUGUCCGCUGGACCCGGGAGGCUACUUCGUCGUCAAGGGAACGGAGAAGGUCAUCCUCGUCCAGGAACAGCUCAGCAAGAAUCGUAUCAUCGUCGAGGCAGAUAGCAAGAAGAACGUCGUCCAAGCCUCGGUCACGUCGUCCACGCACGAGCGAAAGUCCAAGUCGUACGUUCUCACAAAGCAUUCGAAGAUCUAUCUAAAGCACAACUCCUUCCACGAGGACAUUCCCAUCGCCGUUGCCUUCAAGGCUAUGGGCAUCCAGUCAGAUCGUGAGAUCCUGCAACUCGUCGCCGGCAACGACGAAGCGCACAAGGAACUCUUCGCCAUCAAUCUUGAAGAAGCCGCCCGCCUCAACAUCUUCACUCGCCAGCAGGCCCUCAACUAUGUCGGGCAGCGCGUCAAGGUCAUGAGGAGGCCGAUGCAGGCGAGACGCCCAGUUGCAGAGGAAGCUAUUGAGGCCCUUGCCAACCUCGUAAUGGCCCACGUCGAAGUUAAAGACCUCAAUUUCCGCCCCAAGGCAAUCUACGUAGCCGUAAUGGUCAGGCGUGUGCUCAUGUGCAUGCAAGACGAGAGCAUGGUCGAUGACCGAGACUACGUGGGGAAUAAGCGACUCGAGCUCGCGGGGCAGCUCCUCUCUCUCCUCUUUGAGGACUUGUUCAAGAAGUUCAACUCGGACCUGAAAAUGAGCAUCGACAAGAUCUUGAAGAAGCCCAAUCGCACCACCGAGUUCGACGCAUACAACUCAAUCUCGAUGCACGGCGACCACAUCACCUCGGGCUUCACGCGCGCCAUCUCGACCGGCAACUGGUCACUCAAGCGCUUCAAGAUGGAGCGUGCCGGUAUCACCCACGUCCUCAGUCGUCUGUCUUUCAUCGCCGCCUUGGGCAUGAUGACGCGUAUCAGCUCCCAAUUCGAAAAGACGCGCAAAGUCUCUGGCCCUCGAGCGCUCCAGCCUUCCCAGUGGGGAAUGCUUUGCCCCUCCGACACGCCCGAGGGAGAAGCUUGCGGUCUCGUCAAGAAUUUGGCCCUCAUGACGCACAUCACCACCGACAUCGGCGAAGACGCUAUCCGCCGUGCGGCUUUCAUGCUGGGAGUGGAGGACAUCAACCUCAUUACGGGCGCGGAGCUCUACCGCCCAGACUCGUACAUCGUCAUGCUAAACGGUAGCGUGCUUGGCCUCACCCGCUUCCCUGUUCGCUUCGUCACAUCUUUCCGCAAGCUCCGUAGGCACGGCCGCAUCUCAGAGUUCGUCUCCAUUUAUACCAAUACUCACCAUCAGCACGUUCACAUUGCCUCGGACGGAGGGCGCAUUUGUCGCCCAAUGAUCAUCGUAGAGGACGGAGAGCCCAAGGUGACCACCGCGCACAUCAAUGACCUCAAGGCGGGGAAGAAGAGCUUCGACGACUUCCUCACCGAGGGAAUCAUCGAGUAUCUCGACGUCAAUGAGGAGAAUGACUCCCAUAUCGCCCUCUACGAGCGGGACAUCAGCGCUGCUACGACGCAUCUCGAGAUCGAGCCAUUUACCCUGCUGGGCGCCGUUGCGGGGCUCAUCCCGUACCCGCACCACAAUCAAUCCCCCCGCAACACGUAUCAAUGCGCCAUGGGCAAGCAAGCUAUCGGCGCCAUUGCGUACAAUCAGCUCAAUCGAAUCGACACGUUGCUCUAUCUCAUGGUCUACCCGCAACGUCCCAUGGUCAAGACCAAGACCAUCGAACUUGUGGGAUACGAGCAGCUCCCUGCGGGGCAGAAUGCAAUGGUAGCCGUCAUGUCCUACAGUGGAUACGAUAUCGAGGACGCUCUCGUCCUCAACAAGGCGUCGCUGGACAGAGGGUUCGGUAGAUGUCAGGUCAUGAAGAAGAGCACCGUGCAGCUGCGCAAAUAUCCCAACGGCACAUUCGAUCGUCUCGCUGAUGCGCCAGAGGACCCGAAUGGCGGUGGCCGCCUGAGAGGAUACGACGUCCUCGAGCGAGACGGGAUCGCCGCAGUGGGGGAGCGAGUGGACAAUGGCGACGUCUACGUGAACAAGCAGACCCCCCUCAAUGCCCUCGACAACAGCGCCAUGGCCGGCCAGUCCUCUUCUUCAGCCGGGGGACUCUCGUCAGCGAAUGCAUACAAGAACGCUCCCUCCAAGUACAAGCUGCCAGUCCCCUCGUACAUCGAUCAGAUCCUCCUUGCCGACACUGAUUCGGACCAGACGAUCAUCAAGACCCUCCUUCGCCAGACGCGUCGUCCUGAGCUGGGAGAUAAGUUCUCGUCACGUCACGGGCAAAAGGGUGUGUGCGGAUUGAUCGCUCAGCAGGAGGACAUGCCAUUUACCGAUCAGGGGAUCAACCCUGACAUCAUCAUGAACCCGCACGGAUUCCCCUCCCGUAUGACGGUAGGAAAGAUGAUUGAGCUCCUCGCGGGAAAAGCUGGUGUCAUCUCCGGCUCACUGCAGUAUGGGACUGCCUUCGGUGGCAGCAAGGUGGAGGACAUGAGCCGACUCCUCAUCGAAGCGGGGUACAGCUAUGGUGGGAAGGAUUUCUUGACUAGCGGCAUUACGGGGGAGCCGCUCGAGUGCUACGUCUACACGGGGCCGAUCUAUUACCAGAAGUUGAAGCACAUGGUCCUGGACAAGAUGCACGCCCGUGCCCGUGGGCCUCGCGCCGUGCUCACUCGUCAACCUACAGAGGGUCGCUCAAGAGACGGUGGGUUGCGACUGGGAGAGAUGGAGCGUGACUGUCUCAUUGGCUAUGGAGCCACGCAACUUCUCCUCGAGAGGUUGAUGAUCAGCUCAGAUGCCUUUGAUGUCAAUGUGUGCGAGAAAUGCGGCUUGCUAGGGUAUAAUGGGUACUGCCCUACGUGCAAGUCGACGAGGGGGAUCAGAAAGAUUCAGCUGCCAUACGCUACGAAGUUGCUCUUUCAGGAGCUGCUGGCUAUGGACAUAUGCCCGAGGUUGGUACUGGAGGAUGCGGUGUGA